CACCCUUCCUCGGUGUCCUCCGAUGACCCCCACUCCUCUGCCCUCUAUAGAUUACUUAGUGCGCAGAAUCAAGAUCAAAGAUGGCGGACGAAGGUCAGGUGGCCAAGCUUGAACGGCACCUGAGCCUGUUACGUCAGGAGUAUGUCAAAUUACAGAACAAGCUUGUGGAUCUGGAACAGAAAUACAGUGUAGCAGUAGCGACAUCUGGGCAGACUGGAGAACAUGAAAACACCUUUGUCAGCAGAUUACUGAAAACUGUUGCUGAACUGUUUGACAAGGAUUUGUACAGUGACAUCACUGUAUGUUUUGCGGACCAGAAAAUUAAAGCGCACAAGUUUGUUUUGGCGGCACGUGGGGAUCACUGGUCUAACAGAGAUUUGAAUGAGAUCAGUGAACUUGAAUUAACAGAUGUAAGUUCAUCCGUGGGCUUGACAUUGAUGAAGUGGGUCUAUACUGACCAGGCAGAGAUCCCCCAUGAUGAAGCUUUCCUUAUAGAGCUGGUUAAAGCUGCAAAAAAGUACAGACUUAAAGAGCUAAAGGAAAGGUGCGAGAAGAUGUUGAUGUCGUCAGUGUCCGUAUCGAACUGUAUCAAGUUUUAUCAGACAGCUGAAGAUAUAGGUGCCAAGGACUUGCAGAAGUAUUGUGCAGAAAUCAUCUCUAAUCACUGGCAUGACCUGAAAACAGAGGACUUCAGCAGUAUGAGUGCACCGCUACUUUAUGAAAUGUUCAAGUCAAAGUCUGGCUUUCCACUUCACCUUGCAGUCAGACAUCACAGAGAAGAUGUAGUUUUUCUAUUCCUUAUAGAGUUCAACUCACAGCUACCAGGUAAGCUUAAUGAAUUGGAACCCUCCAGUGGACUGGUCCCACUACACAUCGCACUCACUGAAAAACAAGAAAGCAUAGCGAAGACGCUGGUUGGUCAUGGCUGUGAUGUCAACAUGGCUGAUUAUGAUGGCAAGUGUUUGUUACAUAAGGCCAUCACGCAGGGCGACGAGUUUUCAGCAACAUUUUUGGUCAAGAAUGGAGCAAGAGGAAGUGCAGCGACACACACCGAACAUGUGACGCCAUUGCAUUUGGCUGCUUCAUACAAGCCUUGGUCAGCUUCUUCAGCUUCCACUGGAGUUACCAAUUCACCUUCUAUGACUUCAUCAGAGGGCAUGGCAAGAAUCGCUGUUCUGCUCCUUGAAAAUGGAGCCAAUGUUGAUGCGCAGGACGGUGUGGGGAGGACUGCUUUACACAGAGCCAUAGAAGCUCAGAAUGAUGCCGUUCUUAGCGUUCUUCUUCAGAAAGCCAAGCUCAAUCUUGAGCUGCGUGACAACGGGGGCCGGGUGCCGUUGUGGCUGGCGUUAUCACGUGACACACGAGUUGAUCCAGUGGAUGAAGACAGCUUGGCGGCAAAGCUUGUGAAGCAUGGGGCGAGUCCUGACGCUAUCAACAAUAUAACAGGUGAUUCCCUGCUUCAUAUGGCGGCUGCUUCUGGUCGAGAGGAGGCAGGUCUGUUUUUAGCUUCGCACGGAGCCCAACCAAACCACACCAACAAGCAUGGCGAGAUGCCUCUGCAUGUUGCUGCGAGAAAAGGCCUGGCGAGACUCGUGUCUGAACUUCUUAACAACGGUGCAAAUCCAAACGCCCAAACCACAGAAACAGAAGAGAUGAAAGUUAAAGCCGCGGAAAGAAUGCGAGCGAGAGAGGCAGCCAAGAAAGAAGCCAGACAAAAGGCCGUAGAAAAAUUCCGGGAAAUCCAAACGGCCAAGGCUGCAGAAAAAGCUAAAGAAGCGGAACGGCAGAAAAAGGCGCAGAAGUUACCCUCACCUCAACCGAAAGCCGCACCGCCUGUGUCGGCCAUCACAUCAAAUAAAAUGAACUCCUUCGAGGCAGACCUGGGUCACAGCACGAAUCCUUUUGAUGAACCGGAUUUCUCGUUCUCUUCUGAAGAUGGUGCUAAUCCUUUCUUGGAUGACAUAAGAGCUGCGUCAGCGGCUGCUUCAGCUUUAUCUUUUGGUGGCAAUCCUUUUGAAGAGAAUACAAGUAUAGAGACAAGCUCAAUACCAGACUCCUCUCCCAGUGAAGCUAGUUCAGUAGGUGCAUCCGCUGACGCUGACGCGGAUCAGACUCCUACAGAAGACAUGAUCCAUACGCUGAUUGAGGACUACCAACUCUAUCAAGAUCCUUACCUCAAAGCUGUGAUCAUCGACUGCCACGGAAGAACUCCGUUACACGUUGCAGUAGCCGACAAACACGAGGAUGUCGUGAAUUGUUUUAUAGACUUUCAAGGUAGUCUCGGCAGGGGUGGUCGCCUUCCCAUCGUACCAGACUUCAACUUGUCAGACAGCGAGGAUCAGACGCCUUUGGAGCUAGCCCUGUGUACAGGACAGAUAUCUGUAGCCAGUAGACUGCUUGAUGCAGGAGCAAGUAUCGAGGUACAGACGACUAAAGGUCUGACACUGCUGCACAAGGCGGUGAGGAGAGGAGAUAACGCCAGUGCUUUGUUUCUACUGGAGCACGGAGCAGAUAUCAAUAACAAGACCAAGGAGAACAAGACACCGCUGCAACUAGCAAUCCAGUGCCGUCUGCAGCCAGUGGUAGACGCGCUUUGUAAGAAAGGAGCCGACUUAAAUAGCUGCGAUGAGAAGAACAAUUGUCCUCUGUGGGUGGCGCUGAAGAGUGGACAGCAAGAUAUUGCUUCCACCUUGGUUUUGUACGGCUGUGACACAGACGCGUGGAAUAUGGGCCCUAAUGGUUGUACCCAAUCUCUUCUCCAUCGCGCCAUCGCUGAUCGAGACGAGCCUUCGGCGUGUUUCCUUAUUCGAAGCGGUUGUGACAUCAACAGUCCCCGGCGGCCCGGUCCUGACGGGGAGGGAGGUGUUGAAGCCUGGGAUGGAAUGACUCCUCUUCACUUAGCUUGUGAUGCUGGCUUGGAUAACGUGUUACAAUCUUUGCUCGAGCAUAAAGUGAACGUCAACAGCAAGGACUCUGAGGGUCGUAGUCCAAUCCAUAUCGCAAUCACCAGCAAGCAUCCUAUCGUCACCAGGCUUCUGCUCAGCCAUCCGGAACUAAACAUGAACGUCACGGACCGCUCAGGUCAGACGCCAUUCGCUGUUGCUUUGAGAACACGUGAUCACGAGGCUGCAGGAGCUAUUUUGGCACGUGAACCAGGCGCCGCUGAACAGUUCGACUCCAAGGGCCGCAACUUCCUUCACUUGGCGAUACAAAACGUUGACGUCGAGACUGUCUUGUUUCUUAUUGGCGUGUCGGCCAAUGUCAACUCUAGAAUCCAGGACUCUUCUCACAGAACGCCGCUGCACUUGGCAGUUAGCGCAGGCUCAGAAAUUAUUGUGAGACACUUGCUCCUCGCGGGCAGCAGAGUAAAUGAUGCCGACAAGCAUCGUCAAACAGCAUUGCAUAUGGCGGCUGCUAACAACAGCGCGUCUAUCAUAAGUGUUCUACUGGAAAAUGGAAUUGAUCCAGACGCUGUGGACGAGAGAGGAAACAACGCUCUGCACGUGGCAGUGCAGUGUGGUCACGUGGAGGCUGUUCGCGUGCUACUCACGGAAUCAUCUAUAAAUGCGGAAGCUUUUAAUGCAAGAGGCCAGAAUCCACUUCACAUUCUAGCGCAGUACGCCAAGGACAACGCUGUGGCCAUAUUUGAAUUGUUUCGUCAGUCAAUGCCUGAUUAUCCCAUCAAUGCGCUUGAUGCCGACGAAAACAUCGCAUUGUUUCUUGCUUACACCAAUGGCGCGGCUCGAUUGUGCCGUGAGCUGCUGAAGGCAGGUGGAAGCCUGGCCACCAUUAACAGACAUGGAGUGUCGAUAUUUAACGCGCAAGUACCAACAAAGAAGCUUCUUUACACGUUACUGGACAUGCUGAGUGCUGAGCCGCAGUGGAUUGACGGACCCGUGUGUCAUGAGUGUUCUAUCAAAUUCUCCGUGAAAACUCGAAAACAUCACUGUCGUCACUGCGGUCGCCUUCUUUGUGCCAAGUGUUCAUCCAAACAGAUCCCCAUCAUAAAAUACGAGUUAACCAAACCUGUGCGAGUCUGUGAUGUCUGUUUUGAAAUGCUGACCUCAGAAGCAAGCUAGUACUUUCUCAACGCCUAAAUGCUACUACACGUCCGGAUGUCUUCUCUAAAAACCGACAAGUUUAAAGGGGAAAUGUCGUAGGAUACACAUGCGCGACUUCAGAAACAAAAUUGCCCCCGCAAAAAUAUCAAAAUUUAAUCGCAAAUCGGACAACUGUAAACAAUUACUUGGCCUUUUUGUGAAGGUUUCAGCGUAGUCCUACGUAUUUCCAUGAAAAGAUAAGAUUUUGAAAUUGUGUAGACGUUAUAAGCGCACAUAAGCGUCUCUGUAUUGGAAAUACCUUGUCUCCUUUAAAGGAGCUUGAAAGGAGCUCAGUCACUGUAUUUUGAGUCAGUUUUGCGACGUACAAAAUUACCUUUAGAUUGAAGGAAAAUUGAAAAAAGUAGUUUACUAUGAUAGAAAAAAUAGAAUCAUAAACCAUAGAGGAACAAGGAUGGUUAAGUGAUAUGUCAAACACGAGAGACAGUGUUUCAUCGGGAUGUCC